AACCGUAGAUUCUGUUGACCUUGGUGGCACCAGGAACAGAAGCUCCUCGUUCUGGUCUUGGAGCAUAUAUGGGGGGAAAGCAGCUGAUGGAAAUGCAUAUGCUUCAUCACAGCCCUGUUAUCCCUGUAACUUGUAGUUCUGAUCUUACCGCUUUUAAACUUCAUGAAGAAAUCCAUGACUUCUACAAAUACAUGUCUCCCAGACCUGAAGAAAAGAGGAUGCGGAUGGAGGUGGUGAACAGGAUAGAGAGCGUUAUAAAGGAGCUCUGGCCCAAUGCAGAUGUGAAGAUAUUUGGAAGUUUUAAGACUGGUUUAUAUUUACCAACUAGUGAUAUUGACUUAGUGGUGUUUGGGAAAUGGGAGACGUUGCCCCUGUGGACCCUGGAAGAGGCUCUCCGAAAGCACAACGUGGCCGAUAAAGGCUCCGUAAAGGUUUUAGACAAAGCAACGGUACCGAUCAUUAAACUGACUGAUUCCUUCACUGAAGUAAAAGUUGAUAUCAGCUUUAACGUUCAGAAUGGGGUAAAAGCUGCUGAUCUCAUCAGAGAUUUUAUCAAGAAAUAUCCUGUAUUGCCAUAUCUAGUUUUAGUUUUGAAACAGUUUUUAUUGCAGAGGGACCUGAAUGAAGUCUUCACAGGUGGAAUCGGAUCUUAUAGUCUUUUUUUAAUGGCUGUCAGCUUCCUCCAGCUGCACCCCAGAGAAGAUGCCUGCAACCCCGAUGCCAACUACGGGGUUCUUUUAAUAGAAUUUUUCGAACUCUACGGCCGUCAUUUCAAUUACCUGAAGACUGGAAUCCGAAUAAAGGAUGGUGGUUCUUACGUUGCCAAGGACGAAGUGCAAAAGAACAUGCUGGAUGGCUAUCGGCCAUCGAUGCUGUACAUUGAAGAUCCCCUCCAACCAGGUAAUGAUGUCGGAAGGAGUUCUUAUGGUGCCAUGCAAGUAAAACAGGCCUUUGACUACGCCUACGUCGUUUUGAGCCAUGCGGUCUCACCAAUAGCGAAAUAUUAUCCCAACAACGAAAGCGAAAGUAUAUUAGGGAGAAUAAUCAGAGUUACACAAGAGGUGGCAACGUAUAGAGACUGGAUAUCAAAGCAGUGGAGAGUACAGAACAGCACUGAAACUUCGUGUAACGGCAACGGUGUGACUUUGAUAGUAGACAGCCAGCAGCUGGACACCUGCAACAACAACCUUUCGGAAGAGAGCGAAUCGCUUGGGAAGCCUAGGAGUAAAACCUCAGAGACACCAAGCAAACACUCAUCUAAUUCUUCGUCAGGCCCUCUGUCAUCGUCAUCUUCCACACUUUCCAGCUCCAGUGACGUCGAGUCAGAUGGAACACCUUGCAAAACCUCUAAACAGCUGGGCUGCCGUCAAACUACCACAACCCAGACAGCUGGUCAGGACUUACCGCUGGCCUCCACCCAGCUGAGCGGGAAGAUCCCAAGCAGUCAGACGGUGAACGCAUCCAACGCUGCAAACAAAUCUCAGCACGGAUCCACGAGAUUAUUCCGCAGUUCUUCCAACAAAGCCUUCCAGAGUCCAGGGAAUUCAAGCCACAGUCCCUCGGUGACAAACAAACCCCACCCGGGCAGCAAAUCUCAUCAAUUUUGCCACGGCAAAAAAAGGAAACACAAGAGGGACGCGGUGCUUUCAGACCUUUGUAGAUAGUUUUCCUCUCCAAAAAAAGAGAGAGAGAGAAGAAAAAAUAGUUAUUCUUCUGUGUGCAAUGAUCUCACACUACAAGAAUAAGGUGGACCGCGACUCCCUCAGGAGGUCUCAUCCGGGGUCUCAAGACUGUUGGGAAUGUUGACUAGCAACACAUUUUAGGGUUUGUUUGGUUUUUUUUUUCCCAGCUCGCCACGGAACUGAUCAUGAAGACUGAUCACUGCAAAAAAAAGAAGAAAAAAAAGAAAAAGAAAAAAAUAUAUUAAAAGAUAUUAAUUAAAAAAUAUGGGGGGGGGGAAGGGGAGGGUGGAAGAGGCUGCUCAUCGGAUAAAUUAUAUGCUACAACAGGGUUGUUUAAGGUAUAAAAAGCUUGAAUGUACAAAAAUAAAUAUUUCCCAUCAGCUCCUCCUGUGUUGGAAAUGUAGGGGUAGGACUUGAGUGUGUUUAAGGGGUUGGUAAUGGACUGAAGUAAACAAAAGGGGGUGGGGGGCGGGACAGAAAACACAUGUAUUCUAAGGGAGACCCAAAGCUCAAAGCAGAAAGAAUAAAUUUGAGCAUGAUAAUUUUUUUAAAAAUUAUUUUGCAUAUAUUUGCCAUUUUAUUGUGUAUCUCUCUGUAGAUGACCAUAUAGGAAAACUGACAUUUGUAAUAGUGGAUUUGUUAAUAACUUUUUACAUAACAUUACUGUUUAAAUUGUAGAAACGACUCCCUCCUCCCCUUUCUCCCCCACCCCUCAGGAUUAGAUUAAAAACUGUUUUAAAUCUCAUUGUCAGCAGAACAUCAGACGAAUCUGGACGAAAUAACACGGCUCAGAAUUGUGGUGGGGUAUUUUUUUCCUUCCCUUUUUUAGCCUUGAAAUAAUUUAAUAGCACAUUUAUGCGUUCUGCACAAGUCGCGUCUCUGAAAGGAAAAAAAAAAGACGUGUUUUAAAGUGUACAAAUGAAUCCUUUGUGAACGCUAACCUUACAGUCCUCUCUGGAGAGGGGGGAUAAAAAAAGAACUUUUCAUCUUGUUUCUAAAGUGCCACGUUCUCAGGCAAAGGGAUAUUUCCAGGUUUUCCUUCUUUGUAAAACCAAGGGUUCAAUGAUGUAUUAUUUCUUGGACGGACAGAUUUAGCCGCAUGGAAAGAAAAACCACUGACGUUUGGUAAUACCUGAAUUUUGGAGAAUGGUCUAAAUCAGCCUUCUUGGGCCAGGUUCCCUUCAGAAAUUUUAGACGGAAAUAUCCACCAUUUCCCACCAUGGGGUGAUGGGACUUGCCAUUGAGUUGAUCUAGAAGGAAGGACAUGGUGAAGGUAAUCUACCCUGAAUCUUAAUCCUUUUCCGUGUGCCUUCAUCCACAUCUCCCCUUCUCAUGAAAAGAAAAAAAAAACUUUUUGGAAAGAAAAAUGUGGAGAGAAACAGACCUGGUUGGCCUUUUAAACAUGCAUGCAUGCAUGCGUUAUCCUUCAUCCCAUUUUAGACCUUUUUUUAAUCCACCCUUAAGAGAAUUCAACAGAUUUCAAUAAUGGGUUAUUAUUCCAUUCCUAUCGCGGUCUGAAGAGGUGGAACCAGCUUUUCCGAUCUAGGUAUUCCUUCACUGCGUUUCCCCCCCAGCCAUUGAGCCUCAAAGAUGUUUGAAUGGACCCAACUCAGCCAUACCGUUGUUGAUUUUAUGAUUGCAGAGAUGGUCACGUUACGAAUGUGUAGAGCUGUAGUCGCUUGCGGUAUUUGCAAACAAAAACAAAAGGAAAUGGAGCACUUUAAUUGAUAGAAUGUAAAGUGACAUUUACUGUAAUAUUUUUUUUUCUUUUGAAGAAGAGUGUGUGUUUGUGUGAGCGAGUGUGUUCGAGAUGUAAGACCCUAUUUGGUGUAUCCAGUCUGGGGAACGGUUAACAAUCCCUUUUUCUUUUCUUUUUUUGAAGAGUAAUGAUCGCUUUUAGAGGUUUCUUUGACAGAUUGCAGACCAACUUGACCAAGUGCCGGGAGCUUUUUAAGUAAAACAAUGCGACACGACCAAAAAGAAAGAAAGAAAAGAAACAAAAAAACUGUCAUGACUGGAAAAAAAUUAUAAUAAAAUAACAUCUCUAGAUGUUAAAGUAUUUUGACUUUUCUUUUUAAAGGGGGGGGGAAGAAAAGGACAUGUCUUAGCCACCAUAAUGCUGACAAACACUAAAAUUAUAUAUUAUUAAAAAAAAGAAUGUUCACUUGACAAUAGUGUUCCGUUUAGAUACCUGUUUUGUUCUGAUUUUUUUAAAAAAAUUGGCAAGAUUUUAACUAGCAUUUAGUACAAGCCGUCACAUAAUGCAUUAUCAGAGUAUUUAUUCUGAAUUAAAGUAUGUUUUAUAAUUGUGUAGGACUACCUUCAGUGCUUUGGGAACAAAUUCUGAAUUAUAUUAAUCCAGUAUUACUAGCUGCUGUUACCGAAAGCUGUUACAAAUGUGUAAUACAGCAAUCUAUAUUACUUAACCACACUGAAGUUGUUGUUUUUU